GGCAGACUAGAAACUGCUGCGGGAGAGGCUUGACGGCGUUCACAACAGCUGCCAAGCCCCCGCAAAACUGCCCGCUGCCCAAACCAAGGUUCGCCAUGGGGUUUAGUUACCCGGCCACCCCGUCGCCUUCUCUCUCUCAUGGGUUCAAAAGAGAAGGUCAAGAGACAGAGCCAGAGACAGUCUCGUAUUCCUUUGGAAAACGCCUUUCAAGAAUGCCUCGUUUAUCGACCCGCAACAUCUCCGUCGUUGAUUCCUGACCUGCGAGACCCUGCCAAGACUCUUAAGACACGCGUAUCAAGUGCUCCUGAACACCCAAGCAGUGCAUGCCAAGACAAACGAGGCAACGUACGCCCAGCGAUUCACCGACUGUUGAUGUUUUGCUCCAUGAAGCAACUUGAAUGGCGGCUCGCGUUUGGGGCUCAUCUGGCAUCCGAUCCUAGGGCUCGGGUUACUUUCACUCAGCUUGAUUAUCAACCAUCACUUGCCGCGUCAUUGUCCUGCGUAUUCAUCCACCAUAGAGACCACACAGAUUGUUGGCUAGAUCUAGAGGGCAGAUUGAGGAAGAGUGAUAUCUGCCUUGCCUUGUUUGGCCGUAGCGUGGUUAGGUAAGGUAUCUUGGGAUCGUCGCCGAAACUCGUAACCCCGCCGCAAGUUGAAUGUCGCAAAACUCUGGGCGCUCCCG